AUGAGUAAUCAACAGGCCACAGUAAAUGAACAACCUAGUAGCCAAAUCAAUCGUAGUAAGCAGGUGCCAUUUGGCUUAUUGCUCCCUAUCUUGAUUCCCCAACUUUCCAAAUAUAGAGCAAUGCAACUUACAACAUUAUUUAACAAAUUGAAGAAAGAUGAAAUACCCAAAGAUCAUUUUGUACGGCUUAUGAAAGGGAUUGUGGGGGAUCAGAUGCUUAGAAUAGCAUUGACGAAAGUGCAACAACAAACAAAAGCCAACGCAGGUUCUUCUGGACAGCAGCACCCUGUAAGGAUGCCAACGGUUACUUCCAGUGGAACAAAAUUUAAUGAUCCCCAUGCAUUAGCACAACUGCAUCAGAGAAGUAUGAAUCCUGCUGCAGACCAUUCUCAUAAUACUUCUUCAGCUAUCCAAGUGAAGAGUGAACCGACAUAUUCAACUGUGGACAUUGGUUCUAAUGCCGUCAGUCAAGAAACUGAAAGAUCCUCAGUUCACAUACAAGGCCUUAAUAAGCAGCAACAGCAGCAUAUACAUUUCCCAUCGACAUAUGGAAGCAGUGGUGGUAACUAUAACCAUUUUUCCGGGACAACUACUGGUUCGUCAUCUCUCAGACCACAACCUCAUCCUCAUGAUUCACACAUAAGGAAAAUUCCUCAUCAGAAUAUUGGUUUAAAUCACUUGGGUGUAGAACGAAAAAGUUCUUUCACUGAUCCUAAGAGAAUGCCAGGUAGAUCUGUGUCGACUGGUGUAAACAAUACAGCACCACAACAAACUUCAACUUCUUGGCAACCUUCAGCAGAACAAAAUUCUGGCUUGUUUUCAUCUGUUUCAUAUGUAAAAAAGGAACCUAACGACCUUUCUAUUGAGCAGCAACAUAGGAAUCAUUUAUCUAAAUUGCAUGGGUUGCCUUCUGUUAAUUCUGGUCAAACUGAACAGGGUAGUGGUGUCAAUCAAGGCACUGUAAAGGAUGAGUUUUCAAUAGGUUCUUUAGCACUCACUAGCAUGCCACAUACAACAUCUCCUAGCUUGCCCACAUCAAGCUCUGCAUCUUAA